AGGGAAGAUGAAAGACCGACUUCAAGAACUAAAACAGAAAACAAAGGAAAUCGAACUCUCUAGAGACAGUCAGGUGUUGUCUGUGGAAGCAGAGGAACAAGGGGUGUUUGUCCAGCAAGCUGUUAUUUAUGAAAGAGAGCCUGUGGCUGAGAGACAUCUACAUGAGAUCCAAAAACUGCAGGAGAAUAUUAACAAUUUUGCAGAAGAUGUUCAAAGAUUUGGACAGCAGCAGAAAAGUUUGGUAGCCUCAAUGAGAAGGUUUAGUCUCCUUAAGAGAGAAUCUACCAUUGCAAAGGAAAUAAAAAUCCAAGCAGAACACAUUAACAGAGCUUUGGGUGAUUUAGUUAAAGACGUUAAAAAGUCAGAGGCAGAAAAUGGUCCAUCAUCGGUGGUCACAAGGAUGCUUAAGUGUCAGUAUACAGCUAUGUUCCACCAUUUUCAGCAAACCAUGUUUAUAUACAAUGACACAAUUGCAGCAAAGCAAGAGAGGUGUAAGACAUUUAUUUUCCGUCAGCUUGAAGUGGCUGGAAAAGAAGCUCCUGAAGAAGAAGUAAAUGACAUGUUACAACACGGCAAGUGGGAAGUGUUUAAUGAAAGCUUACUUACAGAAACCAGUAUCACUAAAGCACAACUCUCAGAGAUUGAACAGAGACACAAAGAACUUGUUAAUUUGGAGAAUCAAGUAAAGGACUUGAGGGAUCUGUUCAUUCAGAUAUCUCUUUUAGUAGAGGAACAAGGGGAGGGCAUCAACAAUAUUGAAAUGAUAGUGAACAGCACAAAAGAGUAUGUUAGCAACACUAAAGAGAAAUUCGGACGAGCUGUAAAGUACAAAAGAAGAAAUCCCUGCAGGACCCUGUGCUGCUGCUGCUGUCCCUUCUGCAGUUCAAAAUAAGCUAUUU